UAAAUGCACUUUUUUCUCUGUAAAUUUUCAUCUUCUUUGUAAUUUUGUUGACUUUAUAACCGUUCAGUUAGUGUCUGCUUGCUGUUUUCUUUUUUAUGAAGGGGAAUAUAAAUAUUCAUUUUGCCAUCAAAGUAACAUGUCUUCACUAGUAAGUCAUUGGAAACGAUUUAUAUCAGCCUGUUCUACCCCUGCUACUUCUGUUGGUGGUAAUAGUGGGCCUUAUUUGGCGUCAAAUUCGAGUGGAAGUGGUAGCAGUGGUGUUACACCUGCAUCACAGAAUUCCUUUCAAAAAUCUUCAGUUGAGUGGGAAUGUCUUAAUGAGACAGUGAAUUUGCUCUUGAAAACAUGUCCAGCAUCACGAUCAGCUAUUUUAGAUCAUUUAGCUCCACUCUACAUUGACUAUUUUGUCACUUGGUGGCAUGUCAAUUCUGGGACUGCUACUAAUCGUAAUAUAAACUUCGAAAGUCAAAAUUUGCAUAAAGCUGAAAUUGUACUUCAGGGAUUGCUUAAAACGAUUAAUUCACUGAUCACUUAUAAAGGGGUGACUGAUCAUCUCCUUGGAGCAGUUUGUUCUUGGUGUCUUGUGUUAAUUCGACCUGUAUGCACUGCUCCACCAACCCAAUUAUUAUCAAACUUGAUGGACUUGCUUGGAUCACGUAGUCGACAACAAAGUGGUAGUAAAUCAUCUUCAACAUUGGGUAGAACUUUGAAUAACAAUUUAAUAUCAACUAGUCGAAAAACUUUGCACAAAUCUGGAAUGCACAAUAUUUCAAGUACUGAUAAUAACAUUAAUGAUCGUAACAGAUUGAAUAUUAUAAAAGGUACUAAUUAUCGAUAUGGUAAAAAACACAGAUCUGACCUGCAUUCAUUGUCGUCGUUUUCACCCACGUCCACAUCCUGCCACCAACUAAUCAUAGUGUCAGAUUCUGAUUCAUGUUCAAUUUCUAGUAGUGAUGAAGAAAAUGAGUUAGUGGGGGUAAGUGGUGUCGAUGUAGUGGUCAGUGUUAAACGUAACGAUGGGACGUUGCCUUCUGCCAAUAUCUGUUUUGAUACUAGUGAUGCCAGUGAGUUCAAAUCACUUUCUACAAAUUCAGACACCCGAGAUCGAUCUGAUGAUAAUAAACUAAAUAGUAUUAGCUGUAAUACGCGAAAUAUUGGUUUGGAUUCAAAUGAUCAAAUAUUCAGUUCAUUGAGAAAACAGGAUUGUAAUUCUGUUGGUGGCAAUACCAUCGAUUUGGAUUUUGGUUCCACUUCCGCUGUGAAUCAGCAAAUUUUAGGACUUUGGGUCAAAUGUCCUGUACUAAUUGACUUACUAAAUAUUGCAUGUAAUUGUUUAUUGUGUCCAGAUAUUCGACUGAGUUCAGUGCAAGCUUUAUUGGCCUCCUCCACUGUACCAAUAUGGGAUAAUUCUUUAGAAAAUUCUAAACAUUGCCAUUUAUUGGCUAAUUCUGUAUUACCGCAUUGGAUAGUAAUUUGGCUAUUAUAUCAAGCAACUAGUCGAAAUAACCUAAUGUCAACAGGAAUACAAAAGUUGAAUGAACUAUGUAGUUUAAUAUUGACAUCUGUACUGCAUCCAUUCAGGCCAAAUGUUCUUCAGUGUACGCUGUUACCAGAUACAUUGGGUGGAUACUUUUAUCAAAGUAAUUUUGAUUUAGAUUUCUGGAUCACAGUGUGUUUAACGCACUUGUUGUUUCUUGGUGAUUCAGUCCCAGAAUUUCUUGGUGAUUGGCUACGCACCAAACUGGAACCACUUUCUGCGUAUGCUUUGCUCAUAUCAAAUGAAGCUUCAUUGGACAAUGAUAAUGUUAAUAAACAAAAUCCUUUAACUCAACAAACGAGAUUGUUGAACCUUAUAAUUAAUCUAAGUCUUAUAUCAGUGCCUAUUCCACCACAAUCUCCAUCAGACCAACAAAUACCCAUAAAUAAUGUUCUUUCAACGACUGAAUUAACUAUGGACCAUCACCCUUGGAGGUACUCUCAUCUUCCGAAAGGUUUUAAUUACGGUAUGACACCCGGCUCUUGUCGUCCGCCUUGUGUGAUAAAAGAAGUGGAUUGCAAAUCAAUACCAUCUCAUUUCAGCGUACCACAUAUGCCACCACGAAACAUGAAUCCGAUGUUACCAACUCUAUGUCAUCUCCCACUUCCAUUAAAUAAUAUGCUGAAUUCAAACCUGCCGACAGGACAAUCAAAUUUUACUCCACUUCGAUCUAGUUUUUCUCAACAGUUUGAAAUUCCUGUUCGUCGUCCACCACCAUUACUUCAAGUUCCGGUUAGCAUACCUUCUAAUCGUUCUACUUUAAACGAUUCUCAUCCUAUGAUGACUGGUGCUGUACUACUGUUCAGCGAACGUCAGUCAAAUAAUUAUCUUCCAGCUAGUCGUCAACCAACUUCUCUUCUAUGGAUUCUUAGUUUAGUUAGACGUAUUAAAUCUGUUACAUUGUCUGUUAUAAUUGAUAAUUUUAUAACACUUACUCCAUUUCAAUUAUUUGCGUUGUUUCAAAAUCAACAUGAAUUUACUUAUCAGUCAGCUGCUAGAAUGAUUGAACUUCUAGUUAAAAGUAUAUUGCAAGCCCCAGUUGGUUCAAAUGUUGAACGUCUAUUGAUUUAUUUGGUAAAUGUUUGUGAGUCGGAAUCAUCUCAGUUGUGUAGUACAUCUACAUCUAGUGUUAUUCCCACUACCACAUCGACAACAUCGAGUGAUUUUGAAGAUGUCUAUUGUUCUGAUGCUAAAAGACCUAAGUUGAAUUCAGAUGACCAACUAUCCCAACGUUAUCAAUCUUUAUUAGAAUAUCAUAAGUUUUUCAACAAUUUCUUAUCAUAUUGUCGUGAGAUUUUAAGAAUUCUUUGUGAUACUGCAAUCUUUCUAACUUAUUCAUCUUCAGAAACGGCUGAUUCGUUAGAUCGUGGCGGUUGUGAAGGUCUACUUCGUGCAGCUCUACGCCUAAGCAAUCCUCCACCACCUCCAUUGUUUUAUAAUAAAAUCAUUAAUAUUACUACCACAACCAAUAUCAAUGAUACUAAUAUCACUGUUUCAAAUGACGAAUUGAGUUGUAAAUUUUUACCAUUCUCAAAUUUAAAAUGUUAUUUAUUUCAAAAGUUGGUCAGUGGAAACAGUUUGCAAAAUAGUUCAUGUGCUCAACUAAUUUUAAGUUUAGGAUUUACAUUGGAUCCAAGUUUAAUUGAAUAUUUAUUAUUCUAUCUAUGCUGCUGGAGUUCUGUAAAAACGAAAACCGAUCCCAAUGAAAAUUCAUAUACGUCACGAGUAUCAAUGAAAUCCGCCAAAUCAUCAUCAUUUGCACAACUUACCUUUUGUCCACUAAUGUUAUUCUUUCCUGUAUUAAAUGAAAUACAAACCAUCUGGGUAGCUAGAACAUCUUCACGACCGCCACCAUUAACGGCAACAACUACCGGCUCAUUGACGAUUCCUCCAGUUCAACCUACCGAUGCACUAGUAACUGAUGUUCUUCGUCCGUCAAUCUUCCCAAUUAUGUCGAUACGUCAUAAAUAUUUACUAAUGAGUAGUCACCGAAUGGAUUCAAAUAAUAAUGCUUUAUCAUUUCUUUACCCAAAUGGUGUCCUGUACAUACACCAACUUCUUGCCAAUAAAUACUUCCCUCUGUUAUGGUCUAGUUUAGAAAAGGGUGAUCGUGAAUUUCGCAUUUCGGUAUUACGUAAUCUGCUAUGGUUAGUGAAUAAGGAGUUUAUUUUAAUUGGGAAGAAUUCUGGUCACCCACGCAUUCUAUUUGCUUUGGGAGCACAACUAGAGGAAAUUGUGAAGAUGAUGCUGAAAAAUGUUGAUCUUCAAUGUUUAGACUUGCUGCUGAGUCUUUGUGAAUGUAUAUUCUGUACAUUUCGAUUUCUUCCAACUAAUCAUUUGGCACCUUCAACAACCACCACACUUAAUCAAUCUAUGAAGCUAAGUGAAUCAAGUCAUUAUUACCAUUUGACACGGUUUCGUGAUGGAUUAAAAAACUCUGGGGUAUUAAAGACUAAUGGUCGUUUACACUGUCAUUAUGGUAGCCAUCAAACAUUCGGUUUAAUACUUCUAUCACCUACCCAGUGUAUGCAAUUAGCUAAUAGUUUUGUACAGUUAACAUCUCGAUUGAUAUUCAUGAUGAAUGAUGCACACUUACCCAGUGAAUCAUCAUCAUUGCCUUCGUGUAACCAUUUGUAUGUAUUUGGUCGAUUUCGAAAUCUACUGAAUUUAUUAUUCACCACUAUUCAAUCAACAAUUUUCCGUUCAGCUAUGAUGAGAUUAAUACCAAAAGUGAUAUUGUCUAGUCGUUUAAAUCCGUACAUGGAUGAUUUAUUGAAAAAUAAUAUACCUACAAUGGAUUAUUUCAGUGGUGAUCUAUUCGAUUCAAAUCUUUCAUAUUUACCAUCAAAUUGUUUUAUCAAUACGCGAAGGAAUAAUGCACAAAUAUCAUCACAGUUCUGUAAUGAUAACUCAAUGGUGUUAACCAAUAAUCCACCAAAGAAAAUUGGUCAUUUAUUUGAUGAUCAGAAUGAUCUGAUUCGUGGUCAAUUGAAACCUAGAAUUAAUAAUAAUAAUACUGUUACUCGGAAAGAGUUUAGCAGUACACGGAUACUGACUCGUCGAGGUCCAGGUGAGAGUUCACUUGGACUUGGUUAUCAUUCUACUGAAAAUAAAAUGCUGAUCAUGAGUAAUAAUGAUGAAUUAUAUACAACAAGCUAUCAGCUCUCUGGUUGGUUACACUGGUUAAAUUUUAUUCGUUUCAUCAUCAUUGAUGAUAGACAUCUUUAUCAUUUAUGCAAUGUCGAGUUUCGAAAUCCUUCAAUUUGUUCUAAUGGAAUCUCUACUACCUAUCAAUUUAGUAAUUGUUUUGAUUUACAAUUACAACAGAUAAAUCUUGUAAAUAAUCACCAGUUAAUUUCUGGUUUGGAAGAUGUUGUUAUUCAGGGCGCUGGUAUUCAUUUACCUCAAACAUCAAUUACAACUUUAUCGUAUCCGUCAUUGAAUUUUGUAUUACCUCCAAGUGGUAUCAGUUUAGAACGUGUUCUAAGCAUACUCUCAUUUUUUUGUCCUGAAGUGAAACAACUUAUGUCUGGUAACAACAACUUGAGUACUGUAUUGGCUAAUGCUAGUAGCAGUAAUAAUGGCAAAUUAUCAAUCCAUCCUCGAAAUAAAUUAGUUCAACUUCCUUCACAAGGUGUUUUAGAAUUGUCAGUUGUUUUGAGCAAAAUGAAUUUGAAAACUUACGGAUUACCUCCGUUAUAUCAUCCUUUACCUGUGUAUGCAUCGUAUUUCACAGAAUCUUCUGUUCUAAACUUUUUAGAUCCUAUGUCAUUAUUAUCAACACCGAAAAUUGUGUUAGGUCUUCUAAUGGGUUUGGAAGCUGUAUGGGCUUCACCUCUUGCACCUAGAAUUUCAAUACCAAUGGGAAUAAAAUGUUUAACAAAAAUGGAUAAUGGCACCUAUGUGGAGCAAGCAUUUCCAGUGCUUGGAGCAUCUGAUGUUUGUAAUACACAUGCUCGUAAAAUCACCGUAGAUUAUGCUUAUCGUAGACUGGAUACUAAUUCAACUAUAUUUAAAUUCACAAGUAAAUUAUUGUUUUGCCUUAUGGAGGUAUGCUGUCUGCAAGACUGCCUAGAGAAAAUACAACAACGAGAACAGCAACAGGAACAAACGAAUAAAAAAUCGUUUGUAAGUGAUCGUUCUCCAAGGGAACAGCUACUACAGCAAGCAGAUAAGAAUCACCAGCAGAAUUUCAUAACACAAUGGUGUUCACCACUAGACUGUUUAUUACGUUGUCUUACACCAAGAGAAUUUGCCAUUCUCGUAUCAGAUAUUCGUCGAAAUCUCCGACUUCGUAUAGCAUUCUAUCAUAUUAAACAACGAAAAGCGAUUGAUAUGCUUUACCCUGAGAACUCUGGUGUUGGUAGUGAUCAAUUACCCUUAGCAAUGACGCUAAAUCCACUUCCACCGACUCCAGCAUUUAUUACACCUGGUCUACUCAUUGCUCUAAUUCAAGCUCAUCUGAUGGAAGAUGGUAUUGCUGAUUGUUUAGGUCCAUUAAUUCAUUCUAUGGAAGUGUUAACUCAAUGUCCGACUGCAACUAAACAACGAUUAGUUGAUGAACAUAAGAAACCACACCACAACAGUAGUACUAAUUGUCCUUCAGAAAAGCAAUCGUUAUCUAAUUCCAAAAUAAUUAAAGCUGAUGACAGCGAUAUUGUGAAUGCUGAUAAUGGAGAUAGGGAGGAUAUAAUAGAAGACCAGGAUACUAUCUUUGAAGAAAUUAAUGUGAAUGGAGAGGAAUUUGUAAUCGUAAAAUAAAUAUAAUCAAAAAAGUAAAUAAAUAUGUUGUAAAAGUUUAAUAAUAUGUCUACUGUUUUAUCUUACAUAUUCUUCUGUUUACCAUUUGUAUAUAUACAACAGUGUUUAAAAGAUUAUGUACAUUAUUUUAAAGGAAAAAAUAGUAAUCCUUUUAAACAGUUUUAUUGACUUCUAUAUUUUUACGCAACAAAUAAAACAUUUAAUUAAUUGU